AUGCCGAAGGCGCACGAGGAGGAGGUGCCGGCGGCGGGGGCGGACAGCGAGGAGCUCGAGCCGCUCUUCGACUACUCCCGCGUGCAGCCCACCAUCGACUUCUGCUUCGACGAUUCCGACCUCGAGAAGUCGGACAUCUUCGUCCACUGCAACAAGCGCCCCAAGGUGCCCGCCGCCGCCGACGACGACGCGAACGCUGUCGAGGGGGGUAAGGCUAACGAGAAGGGCGACGCCGGCAUAAAGAAGGCCACGGUGGUGAAUUUGGAUGAUGAGGAUUGGCUGGCUCCGCCGCCGCUGAAGCCUGUGCUUAGCACUGAAGUAUGCAAGGAUAAAACGAUGCACGAGCUGAGAUUAAAGAAACAAGAGGUAGAAAAACUGCCUGAUGAUGCAUUUGAAAAGGUUGUUGAAACUGUUAAGAAAGACAUGGCAGCCAAGAAGCCGCCUGAACCUAUAGUUCUUGAUGAUCCAACUGAAUCAGAGACUAAGAAAUCCAAAGAAAAGAUCUGCAUAAUGGUUCAGGAAAAGGAUGGAAGGCAGCAGUUCCGUGUAUGCAAGGAUGAGAAGUUCGACAAGCUUUUCAAAGCGUAUGCUAAGAAGGUCCAGGUCAGCCCAUCCGAUCUGACUUUCGUAUUUGAUGGCGACAAAAUAAACCCAGCAAGUACACCCCAGGACCUUGACCUGGAGGAUGAAGACAUGAUUGAGGUGCACCAUAAGCCAACUCUAGGCAAGCCAGCUGAAGCAUACGUGAAGAAAUCGCGAGAAAAGAUACUUAUAAUGAUUCAGGACAAAGAUGUGAAGCUGCAGUUUCGUGUAUACAAGGAUGAGAAAUUUGACAAGCUUUUCAAGGUGUAUGCUAAGAAGGUUCAACUCAAGCCAUCUGAUCUGAUUUUCAUAUUCGAUGGUGACAAAAUAAACUCGGCUAGUACACCCCAGGACCUUGACUUGGAGAAUGAUGACAUGAUUGAGGUGCGCCACAAAUCCCACUGA